GAUCGGUCGAACGAAGUGUGGCAGACGCUUGCGUCUCAUGACAAGGAGAGGAGCUCCGAGUGUACCGUGCUGCGUCAUCGUAGAAUGGACACACAAGGAGGAAUGUCCCGCAACACUGGACCUGGUUUGUAUGAAUUCCUUAUGGAAGCAGAGCUCCAGCAAUAUUAUCCUGGGAUCCGAGGGGACUUAAAGGUACAGACAACUGCUCAAUUGAAAUAUGUAACGGAGGAGGACUUGAAUGCCAUUGGAAUGAGCAAACCAGAAAUGCGUCGUUUAAAAAAGUAUUUUCAGAAACACUUUCCACAAAACUAUUUAUCUAAAUUCAAAAAGAUGUUGUUACCAAAACGGGAAGAACCAACCACAGGUGCUUUAACUAUGUUACCAGAAGAAAGGCAAGAUAAACCACCGAUUCGUGUUCCUAAUAAGUACAUGAUACCAGCGGAUGCGAUCAUCGUGAACAAAGAACUAGGGACUGGCGAGUUUGGAGUUGUUCAACAAGGCGUUUGGACAAACGACGGAGAAAGAAUACAAGUAGCGAUUAAAUGUUUGUCACGGGAAAGAAUGCAAAAUAAUCCGAUUGAAUUCUUGAAAGAAGCAGUCAUAAUGUAUGCGAUAGAUCACGAGCAUAUCGUAAGAUUGUAUGGCGUAGUUUUGGAUACAAAUUCUUUGAUGCUCGUCACGGAGUUAGCACCUCUAAGAUCGUUACUAGAAUGUCUAAAAGAACCUAGUUUACGUACCAGCUUCCCUGUUCUUUCGUUAUGCGACUUUGCUGUGCAAAUCGCAGAUGGAAUGCAAUAUUUAGAAGUUAAACGACUCAUACACAGGGACCUUGCUGCCAGAAAUAUUCUAGUGUUCUCUAAGAAUAAGGUCAAAAUAUCUGAUUUCGGUUUGUCUCGAGCUUUAGGAGUUGGGAAAGACUAUUAUCAAACGAAUUUCAACGUAAAUUUGAAAUUGCCAAUAGCAUGGUGUGCUCCAGAAUGUAUAUCGUAUUUAAAGUUCACUUCAGCGAGUGAUGUAUGGGCCUAUGGAGUGACUUUAUGGGAGAUGUUCAGCUAUGGUUUUCAACCAUGGGCGGCGUUGACAGGUCAUCAAAUUUUAGAAGCGAUAGAUGAUCCUAAUUUUCAAAGAUUAGAACAACCAGAGUGUUGCCCGAAGGAGUAUUUUUCACUCAUGCAACAGUGUUGGCAACACGAGCCAUCCAAACGACCAAAGUUCUCUGAGCUGAUUAAUCUUUUGCCUGACUUGAAACCAGAACAGGUUCAAGCUGUUCAAGAUAGUACAGAAACCAAUCAACUUGUUUACAGGCAAGGAGAUGUUAUUACUGUUCUUGACAAAGGAAGUAGUAACACCUUGUGGAAAGGUGUUCUGAAUAAUGGAAAAACUGGCUUUUUCAAUCCUGCUCAUACAAUAGCAUAUCUCGGAUCUAAUUUACCAAGUAACAAGCCAGGUGAAUUCACACGUGGUGAUGGAAAGAACGCCUUUUCUUCUCAGAGACGAAAGAUCCGAACGGACAUGAUUUCCUCUCCGCAAGGUGAUUUGAAACAUACUGGCCAUGUCGGACUGGAUGGAGCUUAUUUUGGUGAUAUUGGCUUCCUUGGUGGCAAAUAUCCACACUUACCACGACAAGUAGUGACACCAUACAAACCACAAGAAGAUGUAACGGAUAAUUCUAGUCAAACUUUGAACCAGGAUACGAGAAGCGUGGAGACAAACAGAGAAUUAUUGAGGGAUUAUAGAAAUGCACAACAGGAUGUUUCAAAUAAACAUGAAAGUUUGUGGUCAGAUGUAAAUUCCGAAAUAUGUCAUGCUGCUAAUUCAAGUAAACAGUCUGUUCCGUUAAAUGUGGCUGGCAAUAACGAUACUCUCGGAGCGGAUCAUGAGUAUCACGAGAUCAGUGAUGAAGAAAAUCAAGACAGCCCUUUGAGAUUCGAUAAAACUUUGAAUUUUGAUUUCGGCCCAAGUUUGUUGGCCGAAAUGGACCAAAUGUUUAGAUCACUAGGAUCUUCUCCUCCUCCACCACCUCCAGUUCAUCCCUUAUCAACUGAACAUGAAUCGAGCAACGUUCGAAACGAACUGAGGGAAAUACAGGCGAAACAGAGCAAUAAGAAGAAACAGGCCACCGUGAGUCCAAUAAAUGUGAAGCCUAUCUCAGCUGCCGAUCAGAAAACUCUCUACUCAGCCAUUGCUAUGGCACAGGAAUUGACAGCACGUUCCAUGACAGACCUUGAACAUCCACCGGAGUCUCCCCGAACACCUGCCAGUCCUUCAAGACGCAGAAAGUUCUCUUUUAAGUUGCCACAUCAACACAGUCCCAAACCAGACAGACGACACUUUUCAGAAGAAGCUGCCAGUAUACCUGACAUACAGGCUACAUUGUCGGACGAGGCCAAGGAAGUGUACAACAGCCUCGUGGAGACGCCCAGCAUAGAGACCUCCCCGGACACGAACCCUCUGCGCAUGUUGCGCUCUGGAUUGCCCGUUGUUAGGCCUAGGAUUCGUGGGAACAAGCACGCCACGCUAGGCUAUCCCGUGUCCCAUCAGGAUGACUUGGCUACCGACCAUUUCCACUUCGACGCCUAUCACAGCGGUUCCAAAACACUGCCAAAAAUCAGGGCACCGCCACCACCACACGCGCCACCGCCUCUACCUCAAUCGCGCCAUUUAGAAAGACAUCACUCAGCCCAGGAAAUAGAGAACAACCAAAACCAGAGCAACGUGGACGAGAAUCCUAUACCGUUACCACCUAGAGACAGGUCCAAGACGCUGCAACCAAAAUCUAGUUUACCUAGGCAUCAGAGGAAACAUCCUCUAAUUAUACCAGGUGGUGGUGUAACUAGAACCUUGGCCAAGAUGGCAGUCACCACGCCGCCCAUCGAGGACCAGGUGGAUGGAAGUUUGCAGAGUACGAGUUCUUCUAUAGCCAGCAGCUCAUUACAAGAGGGCUAUUCGUCAGAGAAUUCAGCUAAUAGUCCAGAAGAAUUCGAACAACGUAUAGACUCCGAAUUAGCUGCGUUGGAUUCGUUGCCAGCAGAUGAAAAUAGAUUACACCGUUUCAGUGUCAUCUCUGAGGAUCUGCUCGAGUUCUCCGAUAAUCUGAUCGAUUGCGAUACGCCAGAUUAUCGACAGAACAUGCAAGAAAACAGCGACAUACAAUCGACAGACUCUUCCACUGAACGACUUCAGAGAAAGGUUAGCAUCGAAUCAAAAACUUCAGUCAGAAGUUCUACUUCGAAGUACGUUCAAGAAAACGAGGCAGGUGAAGCAAGUAGAAAUUCCACUCCAUCAGAUUUAAACAAAUCCGAAGAUUCAAUGGUCUCUGGGAAAAGUGACCUCCUCAUUUCUAACAAACUCCAAACAUCCAAAAGGACGCCAUUAGUUCAGAGGCCCUCAAAUUAUAUGAUGCAGUUCGAUUAUGGGGAAUAUUCAGAGAAUAAUUCACAAUCACGAUGUAAUAUGGGCAAACUACAAUCAGAGAUGUCGAAAGAAUCCUCCAUUACUGAUUCGAAUGAUAGUUUUCAUUCUGCGGGUCUAACAGGCACUUACAAUAGGUUAUCUAAUGAGAAGCUGCCAGGACACACGAGUGAUCUGUCGCGACAGUCCGAUCAUGUUUCAUGCGAAGAUCUAUUGGAGUUCGCCUGUGACGGACCAAACGCGAGGAGAACCCGUGGACCUCGAAAUGGAGAACAGUCUGACGAGGUUAGGAUCAUGAUGAAGGUGCUGCAUGAACAGUCCACUCCAGAAUCAUGCAUAGCCGCGUUAAACGUUACUGAUUGGGAUGUGCUAGCAGCAAUUAAACUGGAACGUCUUCAGGGGUUGCUGAAAAAGGAGAACAACUUUGUUGGGCUGGAGGAUUGCAAGGUUAUGUUAAAUCAAUGUGGUGGUGACGUCGUAAAGGCAGCCGCGUUAUUGAGAAGCACCGAUGACACUGCUGCGGUUUAGUCGAUAUUUUUCUGGUAAUUGGAAGGUUUAUUUGAGAUUAAUGAUAAUCUGACAUGUAAGUGUUUUUGUGGAACACGCUUGAUGGGGUUAGGUUAGGGUAGCAUUUUCAAAGUUAAAAUGUUUUUCCGUUUUAUACCCGCGCGAAUUCAUGCGACGUUUAUUUAUUAUUUUAGAGUUAGUUAGAGUGAGAUUAUAGUGUUCGAAUAUAUCGUUGUGUGUUGCCUGGGACAAGAUAGGCAUUUUGAUAGAGCUUUUGCAGAGGAAUGGCAUACAAUUGUCCACCAGAAAUGAAGUCAGCUAGUUAUUUUUAUUUUCAUGCGUAUUAGAAAGAAUGUUCAAAAUAAAGCAAAUUGUAAUUAUUUUCUCUGGUAACUUAAUGUCAUACAGGGUGAGUUGUUAUAGGUUAGGAUAUUAAAUCUAGAGAACUGUCCAUCUGAAUACUUAUUAAAAUUCCACGCGAAAUAAUUAUAUUUGCUUUGGACAUUAUAGCAUCUUCCAAAUUAAGUAUUUUCUUUCUGGUGGGUCAACCUGUACGGAGUAAUAGCUUUUUUUAUUUAAUUAGUUAGCGAGAUAGAGAUAAAUAGCGUUUCUUCCUCUUCUUCGUCUAAUAUGAACGUAAUGUGAUAAUUUGCACAAUAAACGUAUCGCUCUGAUCAGGUUUUUGUGAUCGGACAAAUUGUACGUAAUAGAAGCAUAACUGAAUACAUAUAUGUGUGCAUAUACAAUUUUGCAUUUUCAGUUAGGCAAAUAUUAAGAGAAAGUAUUACGAAACCUAUGACUGAGCAGUAAAUUAAUCCUUGUACCGCGUGUUGCGCCGAUCAAAAAUUCUAUAAAUUAUCUUAUCUUUCGUUAGUUAUAUCUUUUCUGUUAUUUAAAAAGAUUACGCAUAAAGAAUCGCAUAUUUUAUACAGAACAAUCAUUUGGUAUCAUAAAAUGUCAUCUUGCGAGACCUAACCUACAAAUCAAACAAUUCAUUAAUUUUUUUCAUUACUUUUCAAUCUUCAAAACAUAAGAAGGUAUAAAAAGGGGAAAAAGAUGUUUUACUGCUAGAAACGAUAUUCGAUUCCAAAGAUAAUAUUUGCACGGUAUUAUUAUUUGGGUAUCAUGCGCACCGUAGAUUAGUGUUCGAUCGUAUUCAUCGUACAUCGAGUUUCUGUAACCGAGUCACCCCGAAUGAAAAGAGACACCCACGUUUUUACGGUGGUGAUUAGCAAACUAUUUUAUUCUGUAUUAAGCGCGAGUUUGUAUCCGAUAAGUGGUAGAUAUUAAAACAUGUCGUGUGUGCGUAAUUAACGCUGAAAAUCAGCACAAAUGGGAGAGAGAAUGAGAGUGAAAGAGACAUGAGAGAGAACUGCUUGUUAUGAUAUUUUUAUUAUGAUUCAAUGUCCAAAAUCCUGGAUCGAGAAUUUUCUUUGCAGAAUAUUUUGUAGCUCGUACAGGGGAGGGGGGAAUUUUUAUAUUUUGACCCGGUAGUAGGGUACGAUAAGCACCAAAUAUUAUGUAUGGAAUCUUUGUGUUCAGUAAGAUUGAUUUUUAUAUUUUGCUAAGCAAAGCUUUCGCGUUAACCUUGUUAAGUUAUAAGAGAUAUGUAAUUCGAUUCGACUGGGCCAAGGGGGGCAUAAAAGAGGAAAUUGUUAAUAAGCGUGCAUAAAAAAACGAAUAAAAUUCAUGACACGUUUGAUUAACAAUCUCAACGGCGGAGAUUUUUCUAUUACUGUUUUCGACUCACUAAGUGUCUCAGGUAAAACAAAUUUCGUUUUUCUCUUGUGUAGUAUCUCCAAGAUCGUACAAAUCGUAGUUCCAAUUUCUAUAGUGGUCUCUAGCUAAACUUUGGAUUGCACGAUCUUCGAGAUACAGGGUAUGUUUGAAAAUGUUCAGCAAUUUGGUAAAUCGAACAACAUAUCCGGAAUAGAACUCGUUUGAAUUAGAGAAAAAUUGCAUACUGUUUGAUUGACAGAUAUUUUUCCAUCUUUUUUGUACGAGAGCCUUUUCUACAGACACUUCCUUUAGUCAAUCUUGCUAUAAUUGAAACGAGUUCGAAGAACAAAUUUGCUCAUUGUAAUUUCGCGUAGCUGACUAGUACCACACGUGUCUGUAAUGUUUUAUUACGAGAAGAAUGUUAAACAAAAAGAAAAAAAAAAAAAUGAAGGGACGAUGUUAGAAUUGGUUAUGAGCGAUUGGAAAUCCUUGCCGACCGUGUUUUGGUAUCCCUCAACGAAGCCAAAUAGGAGCUUAUGGAAAUCGCCUAAGUAAUGUUACUUAGCCUCUUUUUGUAUUAAUAUUGAACAAUAAGGUUUUCGGUUCCUGAAUAAAAAUACACGUAUCGUGUAUUUUUUUAUGCUGAAUCCAUAUUAUAUCCAUCGUGUGUUGGCUUUAAGACACGAAUUAGGGGCUAGAGGACUGAGAAAAUCAAAGUAUCAGGGCAUUAAGAUUGCAAAGCUAUUAAAAAAUAAAGCUACACUGUUCAAGAUGAUCAGAAAAUUCUUAAACUACAGAUCAGUAUGAACUAUUAAAACCUACAAUAGUGUAUUACCUUAAAUAAGUUAGUUGACCUGUGUAGUAUUGGAAGUUGAUUAAUAAGUGAUCUUCCAUUUAUGUUAUUUAAUUAAACUCCCUAAAUAAAAAUAAAUAGUAGUCAAGACAGAAAUUCCUCUGAUUAUCUUGAAUAAGGUAACCAAGAAACAAGAUGAAGGAAGGCCUCUUUGUUUCUUGAGCUUCACGUGAUGGAGGCGAAGACCUAGAAACAGAUAAAGUUCAGUAUAAAAAGAUCAAUUAUUUUUGCGCAGGAACCACAAUAUGGGGAUAACUAUUGGAUUGGCAACUAAAUGAUUGCGGAUUUCGUCAUUACCACCUAAUGACAAAAUCCGCAAUCACUUAGUUGCCAACCCAAUAGAAUCAAUCAGUUAAUAAAAGGUAAUGCAUCUGUAUCAGUUUUAUCUGAGCCAGCGUACUUACUCGAUUCUCAGUGUGAGAGACUCGCGUGGUACUUUAACGCGUUGACUGACACGGGGAUCAUCGGUAACACAGGUUACUAAAUUUUUUAGAGCGAUUAAGAUAAAAUAAAUUUUAUGGAUCGACACAUUUUCAACAUUGUCAGAAGAAGAGUGCACAAAUGCAAUAUAAUAUUUUACAAAAAUUCAAUGUUAUGGUGUAGUAUGUUGCAAUUUACUAUUAUACUCAGGAUAGAAUAUAGGAAAUUUACGUAGCAGUCAACGUAUUAAGGAUCCCCGACAGCAGAGCUUUUGUAGGAUCUUCUUGAAUUAGGUGCACGAACGUUUUACGUAAGAUCGUUUGCAGCCGAUAAGAUCUCUACGCGCUAACGAGCACGUUUCCUUUGUGCGGAUGAAUCCGACGACCUCGGGGAUAGUAAUCAAAAAAUAAAGCCCGCCAAAUCUCACGAGGGGAGAAUCGACGCCUCUUGCGGCAAUAGGAGUAAGUUGAUCCUAAUAAUCCGUUUUUUUAUACACGAUCUUACUACGAUAAGGUAACAUACGUUUGUACGUCUCUGUAUGGAUUAUUAUCGCGCGGAAACACGAGGACGUUUUAUAUCGACUGUAUUUGCGAUAAUAUAUACACAUUCAUAAAUGAAAA